GCGUCGCCAUCGUCGGCCAUUCGCAGCGGCGCAGGGGGGCGCGCGCAAGAACGAACCAACCCACCACCACGGCACCACCCCCGAGCUGAUCGAUGCUGAGCGCAGCCAAAUCCAGCCACCCACAGGAAUAUCACCAGAGGAAUUCCCCCUCCGUCUCCCUCUCUCUCUUCUCCCGCGCACGGAUCCACCCGCCGCAGCCGUAGCAGGGUCCUGUCGCUUCGCCUCCCGGCCGGGCCCCCACCGGCCGCGCUUCCCCCGACGCUCCUGCCGGCGGCGGGCUGCGUAGAGCCGCCGUGAGGGGCCGGAGCGUGCGCCGCCUGGUGCUGGGGUGGGUGGGUGGGGUUGGCUGUCGGGUCUUCCUCGAGCCUCGCGCGGCGCGGCGGCGGCGGCGGCUAGCCUAGCCGGCCGGGGAGAUGGACCGGGACGAGCGCCUCCGCCGCGCGGUCGCCGCCUUCGGGGGCGACGCGUGGGCGCUGGUGGACGCCGCGCUGGCCGCGGCCGCGCGGGACCGCCCGGGGGAGCUGCGCGCGCGCCGCGACGGCAUCGUCGAGCGGCUCUACGCCGCCGCCGCCGCCGGCUGCAGCAGCUGCGACGCGCGCCCGCCGCCGCGCGACGCUUUGGCGGCGGCGGGGCUGGACGACGAGGAGGACGCCGAGGAGGCGGCGGCUGCUGCUCCGGCGUCUCCCGAGGCGGAGGGUGACGCGGUGGGAGCCGGUGCCGCCGAGGAGGUCGCCGCCGGCUGCGAGCCCGGGCUGGAGAGCAGGAUCAUGGCCAUCAGGGACUUCUUGGAGGACCCCGAUCAGCCCGACGACGAGCUGGUGAGCUUGCUGCAGAACCUGGCAGACAUGGACGUCACCUACAAGGCGCUGCAGGAGACUGACAUCGGCCGGCAUGUGAAUGGCCUGCGCAAGCACCCCUCGGCCGAAGUCAGGAGACUGGUGAAGCAGCUCAUCAGGAAGUGGAAGGAAAUAGUGGACGAAUGGGUGCGCCUGCACAAUUCCGGCGGUGACGGUGGCUCCUCUAUCAUAGCAGCUGAUGGCUACUCCCCAGAGAAAGUCCAAGGCAGGAGCCAUCAAAGCCCUCGGGUUUCAGGGUUUCAGUAUUCUCCCAGCCCGCAGAGACAUAAUGGCUCUACUACAGAGAAGACUAACAACGGACUUGAGCUAACAAUGGAUAUGAAGCGCAGGCCCAGCCCGGUACCCACACAUCAUAACUCCAGGCAGAUGAACAACAACCAUCAUUCUACUACUAUUUCAUCUGCUCCAGCUAAAGUGACAAGGGACCAUAAGGACAGUCUCCUGGACCUUGAUAGGCUUGAUUCUGCAAGAAAGAGGCUCCAGGAGAAUUAUCAGGAAGCACAAAAUGCCAAAAAGCAGAGGACAAUCCAAGUGAUGGACAUCAGUGACAUACCAAAGCCGAAGAACAGAAAUGCUCUCAUCCGCAAGAGCGGCAGCGGCGGGCUCCCGGCAAGGCACCGAUAACCUACCUAGCCCUCACCGGCUCGACAUUGCGUCAGUUGCAAACUUGUGCCCUAAUACUGUGACGAAAAAGAAAAGAAGCAAACGGUUUCUUCUUCUUUUUCCUAUGUUCUUGGUUGCCUAGCCUUACCUCCAGUGUAAUAGUCAUCAGGUACAUAAGAGUGAACCUUAUGCUUUUUUCUCAAGGUUAAAAAAAAUAGAAAUUAGAGUUUC